GGCGGCGGCGGUCCGGGCCGCGGGGCUCGGGCCUAUGGGGGUGGGCGGGGCGGAGUCGGGUCGCUAGUUGUCCCUGGGUACCCCCCCACACGCCAGGGGGCCUGGAGGGCUUAACGGGCCAGUCUCGGGCCCGGCAGUGGGGGUGAAGUCUGGCGCCAAACGAGGGGCCUUCGUAGGGCCCCGGAACGCAUCUGUGGGUUCUAGGGGGCGUCUACGGCGUCCCUGAGCGGACUGGGGUUGUCCAGAGGGCCUGGACUGAGCCUAGAGUCUGGCCUCCAUCUCAUAGCUGACCUGGAACGUGUCAGUAGGCGCUGUGGAUCGUCUCUAUGGGCCCACCGGAGGCUAGACUCUGUUUAGAGGAUUUUGGGGCCAUCUUGCGAUCUUGAGCCGUGUCCCAGGGGUGAAGGAGGUCUGCAAGAACUGAGGAGUGUCUGCAGAGCCGCCUAAGAGUGCUGGGGUACGUCUGACACCAUGGAGGAAGAAGAUGAGUCUCGAGGGAAGACAGAGGAGUCAGGCGAGGACCGGGGUGAUGGGCCACCUGACAGAGACCCCACACUCUCUCCUUCUGCUUUUAUCCUGCGUGCCAUACAGCAGGCUGUGGGAAGCUCGCUGCAGGCAGAUCUGCCAAGUGAUAAAGAUGGCUCUCGGUGUCAUGGCGUUCGGUGGAGGCGCUGCCGGAGUCCACGGUCAGAGCCCCGUCCCCACGAAUCAGGGGGUGCUGACACAGCUACUGUGCUGGACCUGGCCGCUGACAGCUUCCUUGCAGGGCUGAUGACUGUCCUGGACCCCCCAGAUACCUGGGUUCCCAGCCCUCUGGAUCUGCGGCCCGGCGAAAGCGAGGACAUGCUGGAGCUGGUAGCUGAGGUCCGGAUUGGAGACAGGGAUCCCAUUCCUCUUCCUGUGCCCAGCCUGCUGCCCCGUCUCAGGGCCUGGAGGACGGGCAAAACGGUUUCUCCACAGUCUCACUCUUCCCCACCCACCUGUGCCCGCCACCUCCUCACCUUGGGCACAGGAGAUGGGGGCCCUGCCCCACCCCCGGCACCCUCCUCUGCCUCCUCCUCCCCUUCCCCAUCUCCCUCUUCUUCCUCCCCUUCCCCUCCUCCACCCCCUCCACCCCCUGCUCCCCCAGCCCAACCUGCCCCCCGAUUCGACAUCUAUGACCCCUUCCACCCCACGGACGAGGCCUACUCCCCACCCCCUGCUCCGGAGCAAAAGUACGACCCUUUUGAGCCCACUGGCUCCAACCCCAGCUCCUCCGCGGGGACACCCUCUCCAGAGGAGGAAGAGGAGGAAGAAGAUGAGGAGGAGGAGGAAGGCCUGUCACAGAGCAUCAGCCGCAUCUCGGAGACUCUGGCGGGCAUCUAUGACGACAACAGCCUGAGCCAGGACUUCCCAGGUGACGACAGCCCGCGCCCGGACCCCCAGCCCACUCAGCCCGGGCCCACCCCGGGAACACCGCCCCAGGCUGACUCCACGCGGGCCGAGGCAGCCACUCGCCGGCGCGUCUUCGUGGUGGGGGCUGAGGCGGAGGCCUGUCGGGAAGGCAAGGUGUCCGUGGAGGUGGUCACCGCCGGUGGAGCUGCUCUCCCGCCGCCUUUGCUUCCCCCUCCCGACUCAGAGAUUGAGGAGGGUGAGAUUGUGCAGCCAGAGGAGGAGCCCCGGGUGGCUGUGUCCCUGUUCCGGGGCAGCAGAGCUGCCCGGCAGCCCCCUGCCUCGGUAGCAGCCCCAGCGCCUCAGCCUGUCCCACAGACCCCGGCGGCCCGGGCCCCGGAGGGCGACGACUUCCUGUCGCUUCAUGCCGAGUCAGACGGUGAGGGUGCGCUGCAGGUGGACCUGGGCGACCCGGCGCCCGCGCCUCCCACCGCUGACACUCGCUGGGGCGGCCUGGACCUACGCCGAAAGAUCCUCACGCAACGGCGGGAGCGGUAUCGCCAGCGCUCGCCGUCCCCAGCCACCGCCCCUGCCACUGCCACGGCCUCUGCAGCCACGGGCCCGCCCACGCGCAAGAAGUCGAGGCGGGAGCGCAAGCGGAGUGGCGGGGAGCCCAAGGAGGCCUCUUCGUCCUCGUCCGCACAGCCGGCUCCGCCUGCUCCUGCCUCACCCUGGGACUCCAAGAAGCACCGCUCCCGUGACCACAAGCCCAGCUCCCACACCUCAUCCUCUGCUCGCCGCCGCUCCCGAUCUCGCUCCCGCUCCCGCUCUGCCCGCCGCCGCUCACGCAGCUCCGACCGCCGCCGUGGGAGCAGCCGCAGGUCCAGGUCUCGGGAGAAGCGGCGGCGGCGGCGGCGUUCAGCCUCCCCACCUCCGGCCACUUCAUCAUCCUCGUCCUCCAGGCGCGAGCGGCACCGUGGCAAACACCGUGAUGGUGGUAGCAGCAAGAAGAAGAAGAAGCGAUCGCGGUCCAGGGGCGAGAAGCGAGCAGGGGACACAGGGGACAAGGCCCCCGUACCUGUGCCACAGCCCUCUGGCUCCUCUGCUGGUGUCGAGCGGGAUAGUCGCCGCCGGGGCGCCGUCCCACCCUCCAUACAGGACCUCACGGACCACGAUCUGUUCGCCAUCAAGCGGACCAUCACCGUGGGCCGGCUUGACAAGUCGGACCCCCGAGGACCCUCCCCGGUGCCCGCCACCUCCCCCAAGCGUGAGGUCCUAUACGACUCAGAGGGCCUAAGUGGGGAGGAGCGUGGGGGCAAGAGUGGCGAAAAGGACCGCAGGCGCUCAGGGGCUGCUUCCUCCUCUUCCUCCUCCCGGGAGAAGGGCUCUCGGAGGAAGGCCUUGGAUGGGGGGGACCGGGAUCGGGACAGGGACAGGGACAGGUCCUCCAAGAAGGCCCGGCCUUCCAAGGAGUCAGCACCUUCCUCAGGGCCCCCGCCAAAGCCACCAGUCAGCAGCGGCUCAGGCUCUUCGUCGUCCUCAUCGUCCUGUUCCUCCCGGAAGGUGAAACUGCAGUCCAAGGUAGCAGUGCUCAUCCGAGAGGGUGUCAGCAGUACCACCCCAGCCAAGGAUUCUGCCUCUGCUGGCCUGGGCUCUAUCGGGGUCAAGUUUAGCCGCGAUCGAGAGAGCCGCUCUCCCUUCCUUAAGCCUGAUGAACGGGCUCCCACCGAACCGGCCAAGGCUGCACCAGGCAGCACCAAGCCCAAAAAGACCAAGGUCAAGGCCAAGGCCGGGGCCAAGAAAGCCAAGGGGACCAAGGGAAAGACCAAGCCAUCUAAGACCAGGAAAAAGAUCCGUGGUGGGGGUAGCAGUGGGAGCAGCAGUGGUCCGGUGUUGCUGAAGAAGUCAAAGGCAGACAGCUGCAGCCAGGCAGCAGGAGCCAAAGGGGCUGAGGAGACUUCUUGGUCUGGAGAGGAGCGGGCUGCCAAGGCCCCUAGUACCCCACCCCCCAAGGCAGCCCCUCCGCCCCCAGCACUCACCCCAGACUCACAGACUGUGGACAGUAGCUGCAAGACCCCUGAGGUCUCCUUCUUGCCUGAGGAGGCUGCUGAGGAUGCUGGGGUCCGAGGUGGUGCGGAGGAGGAGGAGGAAGAUGAGGAGGAGGAGGAGGAAGAGGAGGAGCAGCAGCAGCCUGCCACCACUACAGCCACCAGCACAGCUCCCGCCGCCCCGAGCACUGCACCCAGUGCAGGGUCCACAGCUGGAGACUCAGGGGCAGAGGAUGGGCCAGCAACCCGAGUCUCCCAGCUGCCCACACUGCCCCCGCCUAUGCCCUGGAAUCUGCCAGCUGGUGUGGACUGUACCACCAGUGGUGUCCUGGCCUUGACUGCACUUCUCUUCAAGAUGGAAGAGGCCAAUUUGGCCAGCCGAGCAAAGGCCCAGGAGCUGAUUCAGGCCACCAACCAGAUCCUCAGCCACCGGAAGCCACCCUCAAGUCUGGGCGUGACUCCAGCUCCUGUGCCCACCUCUCUGGGUUUGCCCCCUGGCCCUUCUAGCUACCUGCUUCCAGGCAGCCUCCCUCUGGGGGGCUGUGGUUCUACCCCACCUACCCCCACUGGGCUGGCUGUUGUGUCUGACAAGAGAGAGGGUAGCAGUAGCUCCGAGGGACGUGGGGACACAGACAAGUAUCUGAAGAAGCUGCACACACAAGAGCGGGCGGUGGAGGAGGUGAAACUGGCCAUCAAGCCAUACUAUCAGAAAAAGGACAUCACCAAGGAGGAGUACAAGGAUAUCCUGAGAAAGGCCGUCCACAAGAUCUGCCACAGCAAAAGUGGGGAGAUCAACCCAGUGAAGGUGAGCAACCUGGUGCGGGCCUACGUCCAGCGCUACCGAUACUUCCGCAAGCACGGCCGCAAGCCGGGGGACCCCCCAGGACCACCACGGCCACCCAAGGAGCCAGGGCCCCCAGACAAGGGUGGACCGGGCCUGCCCCUGCCCCCACUCUGAGCCCCUGGCUGCUCCUUCCUCCCCUCGCCUCUGAGAUUGCAGACGUAUUUAUGGCUCCACCUCUCCACUUCCCCCCUGGUCAGUGGAAUGAUUGGGGGAGUCACUGUGGGGAAGAGGGGGGCCCCCUGCCCUGCCCGAGCCCAUCUCCCAUGGCCCCAAGCCUGUCUCCAUUGCGCCCCUCCUGUUCGUGUCCCUCCCUUCAGUUUCAUUAAAGUCUUCAUUAAAUGUCA